UUAAGUUCACUAUUUUCAAUCAAACAAUCAACCAAAAUAAGGGAAAUUGAAAUACUGCAUUGAUAUAAUAAAUCCCAUUUAUCAUUUAAAUGGUGUAUCAUUUUAAUGUGAAAACAUUCAUUUCUUAAGUGACACUCUUUUUCUGUACAUAAUUGUGUUUAAACUGUUAAACAAGUGAAAAAAUCACAAAACAACAAGUUUAAUGAAUGUACAAAAGAAAGAAGAUAAAAUAUUUACUAAAUGUCACAAUUUCUUAAAAAUGUGUUUUAUUUCAGUUUUUCCUGAAUAACAAAAAUACAGUUUCAGAAUUGUAGAAAAUACCUUUUCAGGAUUUUCUAACUUUUGGGGAUAUAUCUUUUGACUUAUUAUUUACUAUUAGAAAAUAACAAUGUUGCUGACAUUAUGGGAUUUGUAUACAAUCAAUAAGGAGCAAUCAUUCAGAGUUAUAUUUUAUGAUUUUAAAAGUAAGCAUAUAUUAAAUUUUGAACAAAGUCAGUCAUACAUUGGUAAAGUUUCCAAGCUGUUGAACUCUACAUCUGCAGCACAAUCAGUUAUUGGGUGCUUUAUUAGCCCAGGAUUAUAUUUAUCAUGUAUUAUUCUUGGAAUUUUAAAGGUCCAAUCUGCUUUUGUAUUUUUGAAUGUACAGAAACCCUGUGCUUCCUUGAACAAUAUUCAAAAUUAUGUUCCUAUUAAAAUUAUAUUAGUUGAAGGAUCAUUUUUUGAGAUAGUAAAGAAAGACCUGUGUACUUGCUGGCAUGAAGAAAAUAAAAUUCUGUUAGAUAACUUUUCAAUAAUUAUUCUCCAGUCAUCAAAUUGCUUCAAUGACUUGUGUUCUAAUUCAAAGAAAAUCUAUUCAAAUUUUUUGAAAAAUGUUUCUGAAUUGGCUUAUGUAAUUCAGACAUCUGGUACAACUGGAGAACCAAAGAUUAUACAAGUGCCUCACAACUGUAUUGUACCAAAUGUUUUAGAUCUGAAACGAAAAUUCAAUAUUACUUCAGAAGAUAGAGUGAUGUUAUGCUCACCAUUAACGUUUGAUCCUAGCAUUAUUGAAAUCUUCCUUGCUGUUUCAGCUGGCUGUACUUUGAUAAUCAUACCUAAUCAGUUGAAAAGUAUCCCAAGAAAACUCAGUGAAGUCAUCAUUAAUAGCAAAGUUACUGUACUUCAGGCUACUCCAACUCUUAUUCAGAGUCUUGGAGAUGAUUUUAUAAAAGGUGUUCUUUUAUCGGAGAAUUCUAAUUUACGAAUUUUGGCUUUUGGUGGUGAACCUUGUCCUUCCAUAGAUAAAAUAAAAAGGUGGAAAGCUAAAAAUAAUAAAACAAAAAUUUUUAACCUUUAUGGAUUAACAGAAGUUUCUUGUUGGGCAACAUGUUUUGAAAUAAACUUAGAAAAAAAGUACCAUUUGCCAUCUAUUCCUUUGGGUGAACCUCUUUUGGAUACAGUUAUUGAAAUCAUUGAUGGUGAACUUUCUGUGGGAGGAGAAAAGAGAUGGUGUGUGAUCAAUGAUGAAGAAUGGCCAAAUCAUAAACAUAAAAUUAUGCGUAAAACAGGAGAUUAUGUUAUUCAAAAUUCUGAGAGUUUAUUAUAUUUUGAAAGUCGAAAAGAUAAUAUUUUGAAGUUCAAAGGACAAAAAUUAUCAUUAUUUAGGAUAAAUACUAUUCUUGAGAGUAUUCCUAGAAUCACAAAUCAUUUCUUGAAUUUUGAUGCUGAAUCUUCAAAGCUUCUACUAUUUGUUGUUCUGAAUGAAAAAAGCAGUUGCAAAGAAGAUAUAAGAUAUGAAGUAUUGAAAACUCUCCAACAGUCUACUUCCAAUCUUCCUAUAAUUGAAGUGAUAAUUGUGCCUUGCAUUCCUUUAACAAAGCAUGGAAAAGCCGAUUACAAUAAAUUGAUUGCACUGAAAAAUUCAAGAAAUCAGCUGAGAAAAUUGUACCAGUUCACUUCUAAUUUGGAUGUUUUGAAUACUCUAUCUAACUUGUGGAAGAAUUAUACUUCUCAAGAAACAGUAACACAAACAGAUAAUUUUAUUCUGAGUGGUGGUGAUUCUUUCAUGGCUUUACAACUGACAUCAGAUAUUGAAUGGGAAUUUCAGAUGCAACUACCUGAAAUUACAGAUAAACUUUUAAAUUAUUCAUUUAGAGAUGUGUAUGAACUUAUAAAAUCUCAUAUGCAAGACACACAAGAAAUAAAUGUUGAAUCUCAGAAUGCACUUGUUCCCUGUAAUGAACUGUCAAAUGAAUCUGCUCCAAAGAAAACACGCCUUAUUAGUUCCGUGUGUUUUGAAGUUGUAACUAGAAGAGGUUAUUCCUUAAUAUGCCAACAUGACAAGGUGAAGUCUUGUUACUCCAAAACAAUCAAUAAUGAUUUAUUCAGCAGUAAAGAAUUGUCUUUAAAAAUGACCUGUAAAUUUGACCUGAAGAAAUGUAUAGAUGCAUCACCAUGUGUUGCAUAUUUUUUUGAGAGUAAUGAACUAUUGGGUUUUAUUGGUUCACAUGCAGGUAUAUUUUGUUGUUUUAAUGUAUUGGAUUCCUCUCUUAAGUGGACUGUUAAACUUCCAGAUAGAAUUGAAUCUUCAUCAUGUUUAUCAUUUUGUGGAAAGUAUGUUUAUGUUGGAUGCUAUGAUCAUCAUCUGUAUUGUCUAAAUGUUAAAGAUGGGAGUAUUUUGUGGCUAUUCAGUUCAACUGCUGAAAUUAAAAGUUCACCCGUUGUUUCAUCCCAAAAUACUGUGUUUGUAGGCUCUCAUGAUAAACAUCUAUAUGCAAUAAAUGGGGAAAAUGGAAAACUUAUUUGGAAAAAGACAAUUGGCAAAGGAAGUAUUUUUUCUUCUCCAGCUCUGCUUGAAGAAUCUGGAAUUCUUUCAGUUGCAACUUUAGAUGGCAUUCUUUCUAUUUUAAAAAUGGAUACUGGUACUACUGUUUGGACCUACAGUUAUGGAAAACCAUUAUUUUCCUCUCCAUUAUUUACUACUUCAGGAAUUUUUAUUGGUGCCACAAAUAAUUGUUUUUUGCAUUUUAAUUUAUCUGGUAUAUUGGGAUUUGAGUUUUGUACUAAUGGUCCUGUGUUUUCAUCCGCCACUACUGCUCUACCACCAGAUAAUGAUCGUAUUAUAUUUGGUUGUCAUGAUUCUGCUGUAUACUGUGUUAAUGUUAAAGGGGAAAAUGUAUGGAAAUUUAAUAGUGACUCUCCGGUUUAUACAACUCCAUUUGCCUUUCAGUGGAAAGAAGAUAAUUAUGUUGCUAUUGCAACUACAGCAGGUAUGAUAUAUAUUCUAAGUCAAAGUAAUGGUGAAAUUAAAUAUACUUUAAAAUGUCUUGGAGAAAUAUUUUCUUCUCCAGUUGUAUUGAAUGAAUUUUUGAUUGUUGGUUGUCGAGAUAAUUUUGUAUAUUGUUACCAUUUAUCUUCUCUUUAAUUGUCAUAACUACUUGUUUUGAGUAUAUUUAUAAAACAUUUUUCUGCAAAUAUUAUUUUUGAUUAAAAAAAAUGCUUCUGAAGUUAUAUUUCCCCCCCAUUAGCACAUUAUAAAUUAUGUAUUCUAUAAAUCUGAAAUUCAUCAAAAGCCAGAAUUAUUGUGUUUACAUUAUUUUAUUCUAUUACUCUUAAACAUCAUAUCAUUCUCCUUAACAAUUAGUUUAGCAAACUGUCAAUAUUUUUUUUUUCUGACACAAACUGAAGAUUGCUUUAAGUAUAUUUGACAUAUAUAUUUAGAGGUUGUUAUUUA